AUGAGCAACAGAGACCAUGUCUUUACCGUCAACAACAUUUACUCGGUCCUCUGGUGGUCCUCGUUAUUGACCAAUUGCUUUCAAGAGCAUUCUGCAGCGCAUGUCUCUCAUAGGUGUAUCACAUCAGCAACAAGCAACAAUGUUAUGUAUCUUUUUGGCGCUAUCAAGGUUUAUCCGUCGCUCAAGGCUUUCGCCGUAAAGUAUCGCCCCCUUCCUUUGGAGAAACGGCUACUAGAAUUGGUCAUUUUAUCAGUGGCGAUCCCUAUAGCUUUGAAAGACGAUGAUCAGCAUUUGGAUUUGGGUGGGGUUCUCAGAAGCAAGCAAGCGAUCACUGAUAUGAGGAUAUUGGAUCAUCAUACGGAUGUCGUUGUCAAGGAUACCGUUUCCAUGGUUGUGGAAAUCAGCUAUCUGCAACUCGCCUCUUAUUGGUGGAUCAUCAAAGCAACGAUGAGAUCGAGUCGGUCCCAGUGGCACAUUCAGGAUUAG